UCAUUCCAGCAGCCGACAAAGAUAAAACGCAGGAGAGAGGGUCUGGAAAUUUGUGUUCCAAAUUUCCCGUUUUUCGGGGGUGUUCCCCACACCACACCCAAAUUUGUCAUCCUCCACGCCAAGAAGACACGUUUUUCAUCAGAUAAGGUUCAAACAAUGGAUUGAUUGUGUCCAAAUAGUGAAUGUGCGUACGUGCAUGUAAAUGCGUAGUUCUGCUUCGGUUUAAAUUGCGUAUUGGGAUGGUUCAAGUUUAAAGAAAGUGUUAAAAUUAGCCAUCAUUUCCCAAUAUUUGAGUGAAUUUAGACAAUUAAUAGUGACUAAAAAUUUUAUGAAAUUUAUGAAUAAGGUGACCUUGAAAAAUGACAAUUUCUUGAUAAGCGAUAAUUUUCCAUAUCCAUUGUGUUCAAGUGCUUGAAUCUUAUUCCGAGAUUUGGACAAUAAUUCCUCAACAAAAUUCUUGUUGUGAUCAAUAAAAUUGUGUUCGCCAUAAAAUUCCGACCGGAUGCAUGGGUUUAUGAAAAUUAUUGUGUUUAUCGCAGCAGCAGAGGAGCAGAGGCAGAGAAGUAGUUAUUCAGUUGCGAUGUGAAUUUGAAACAGAACGGAUUGCCCUUGUUGCUUGCGUGAGAUUGACCUCACCUUGCUGUUUGCCCCCUGUUUGCCCCCUCCUCGGGCCCCUUGACCUGGUGUGGUCAACGUCACCAUCAUCGCCACCCACACCACCGUCACACCCCCCACCACCACCACCACCAGCUGCCCACCCAGCUGUGUGUCAGUCGACUUGUCGCGAAGAACCUGAGGUGACGACCAGCCUGUCUGUCGUCCCCUUGGCUCGACGCCACACAAACGCCAGUUGAUGUAAACCUUAGGGCUGAUACGACGACAGAAAGACGGUUCAUUAGAGAGUUGUCCAACAACAGACGGAACAACGGUCUGUCACCUCCUCUCGAAUGAUCGUCACCUGCCGAUUUCAUCAUGGCAGGAAAACAGGGAUUUCUCAACCCUACCUCCACCACCAGCAACACCACCAAUACUGCAACGUUCUCUGCCCCACGGUCAAGACCAAUUAGUGAGGGAAGGACUACUACUUUACCAAGAAGAACGAACUCGCAAACUCAAGCAAUUACUACUACCACUACUACUACCACUACUAGACCAGCUUACAAUAGAAACCGAUACGAAAAUGAAAAUGAUCACGAUGGAGGAAGAAGCAAUGAAACAAUGUGGCGAUAUUCACGACAAAGUUCAACCUUUGAGCAGCAGUUGGAACGAAGAAAUGUGCAAAAGCUACAACUCACAGCGAAUAAUCAAGUGGAUCGAAGGGACGAGGAAACCAAUGCAAAUAAAUUUACUGCGGCUAAACAUAGUUUGGUUAAAAAUUCAAGUAGCGAAGAUGAUGAAGGUGGUACGAGCGGAGAGGAAAGACAGCAACGUCCAAAUAAGCUUUUUCCUGUUCGGAGUGAACAAGACGAAUUAUUUCGCAAGGUCCGGUCAGUCUUGAACAAAGUGUCAUCCGUGAAUUAUACUCGUCUCCGUAAACGGUGGUUGAGCCUCAUGCCACAAAGUGAGGAGGAAGAGGACGAUGGGGAAACCCACCUCACGAUGGAACAACUCGCUGACGUUCUACAUAUGAUCAUCUUUAAAGCGUUGGAUGACACAAUUUACAUGCAUAUCUAUGCAGGACUCAUGGGCUAUGUCGUGUCCCGAAAGCCGGCCGAUAUUUCCAUCAAGAUUCGUAAACUCAUCAAUGCUCAGCUACAUCAUUUGCUUCAGAGGCUUGCCACGGAUAAAGAAUUGGCUCUUUUUCAUCGAAGUACGCAACUCGUAGAUGCCACGAGAAGGAGAAAAGUCACCCUGCAUCGCUUCAUUGCUGAACUGUACUGUGAAAAAGCAUGUACCUCAAAGUUCCUGUAUCAGAGAGUUACAGACUUGAUGAUUGUGAAUAAUUCUGUUGAUAUCGACGAGAACGUUGAAUGUCUUUGUGUCCUGGUGACCUUUGCCGGUCAAAAAUUGGAACAAGUAAAACAACCAAUGUUGGAUAACAUUGUAGCAAAAUUGGUUCAACGUCAGACCGAAACACCGCUCAUGAUAUCUAAACGGAUUCAAUUUAUGAUUCUGGAUCUCGUCGAAAUGAAAGCGAGUGGUUGGUCGCCCCACAACAAGUGGUGGUCACCUUCAGUUCAAAGGGCACCAGAACGGGAAAGGACUCAGAGUUCUCCAUCACCUUCAUCUCCCACAUAUUCGCAAAGGAACGAGCGCGGCUUGAUGACUCCACUUCAACAACAACUAACACCAGGAGAAGAAUCGCCAACAAAAAAGAUCAUUUUGAAAAAGCCAGUAAAUGAUGUACCUACUCCUCUUCCGAGGUCACGAACUCGAUCUGAGGGUAGUAACAGUAGUAGCGUCGUCGGAUCAAAUAGUAGUAGUAGUACUAAUAAAAGUAUUGGAGGAAUUACAAGAAAUAACAGUGGUGGUGGUACUUCUGGUAUGAAAACGUCUUCUGUUGUAAGAGGGGUGGAAAUUGUUUCAAUGGCACCAACCCCAGAAAACAAGAAUAGCAGUACAACAACAACUACUACUACAACAAAUAGUUCUACGCCAAAAGAAGUUUAUUCAAUUACGUCCCACCAGUCUGGAGAGCAACAGCAAACGCAACAUGGGCAACCGCAACAAGGGCAAGAAGAUAAUAGAAACCCGCAGCAACCGAGUCAACAAAAUAAGUUAAGAACAACAACCGAGUUGACUCCUCAUCAAAGCCGAUCACUAAUGGCAUUGUUGAACAAAGUCAGUCCGCUAAAUGUGGACCGUAUGGCGCAGCAGUUAUACGAAGAAGUCCUCACGUUGGAAAAUAGUUUCGAUGAAGCGGCCAAUUUUAUCGUGGAUAAAAUUUUGGAUGACGCGUUUUACAUCUCGUCACACGUCCUACUCAUUCAUCGAGUGUCUUGUAAGCCAAACAUGAAGAGUUUUGGGAUCAAGAUCUGUGCCAGACUUAUGUUUAUUUUAGAGAAAAAUCCUGUAUCAAAAGAAGGGUUCCAGCUCAUAGCCGAACUGUACAAAUUAAACAUGAUUGCAUUUUCUCAAACUCGCUCUGCUUUAGAGUGGCUCAUGACAAGCUGUCCCGUCGCAGCCAUAAAUUCAGCCAUGGAAUGUCUCGUCAUGUUUCUGUUCAUCUCAGGAGCCAAGUUGGAGGCGGAUGCGAAUGACCAAGUUUGGAUGAAUGGUUUAAUCGAGUUCUGGGAAAGGAAGGCCAAAUUCGUGGCGCACAAUCAAGGGAGACCCCUCUGUCUUCUUCGCGAUGUGAUUGAGCUACGGCAGAAUAAAUGGGCCUCGCAACACAUGCCUCACUGGAUUCCACCUACCAUUGAUCUCCCCACGGUCCGUUUUGAACCGGAAAGUCUGAUUCGCUUGUAUCAGUCUGAUGAAGAGGAAUUUUUGCGCUUCAUCAGAGGAGGAACUUCGUCGAUGGGCCGGAUCGACAAAUUUUGGAAGGGAGCUUUGAAAUACGCUGUCGUCUAUGGGGAUUGGGAACGUGACCCAGAAUUUUUACACAUGACUGGUUCAUGUCUCAAAACCCUAGUUCUGAAACGAAUCCUUCGACGCGACAGAAUUCACGCUUUUAUUGGUUAUUUCGUAAACGAGGUGGUCAAAAUGGCACGAGUUCAUUUCAAAGCGUGGGAUAAUUUCGGAGUGAUAAUGGACGGCCUGGCUCUUUUUCGGGAGGAAAUUUUCUAAUAUCUCUACAUUCGAUCGAUCCUUAUUAUAACUUCAAUUAGUAUUCCUUUUCUCCUCUUCUCUUCGGUUUCGGCAAGACGGAAAAUGUACAAGCACUCUUUGUUCUCAAGAGGAAGACACCAUGCGCAUUAUUAAAAUUAACGGAACGGAUUCGAAGACUGGAACAAGUAACUGGUUAUCUAUAUAAUUUAUUCUUUAGGUAAAUAUUUCCGCCUAUACUUUCUAAAGAUCGUCAAUUAUAUUACGGUUAAUUGUAUCCUAAAAAAAUGAAUUCUUUAAACUCAAUUCAAUAACAUUUUGCUUAAGUAAGCAUAGCAUGAUAGAUACACAAUUCGAUCUAAAUUAAAAACGCAAAUUUAGUUUUGCACGAAAAAAAACAAACCCACCAAUAAUUUUAAUAAGUUAAGUUAAAUUUUAGACCACCUUUUUUUGAUGCAUGCGAUGAUGACAAAAGAUACAAGUAAAUUAAUAAAUUGACUGCUGCUGCCAACCAAAUACCAAACCACUACCAUCAAGUAUAUAAGUAUGCAUGUGUAACAAAGAAAUCUACUCAAAAACUUAAAUAUUUACAUGCUUAAUAAAAGUCGGUGGUAUGUAGGUAAGCAUAAAAAGAAAGUAGAAUUAUGUAUCAAUAAGUAUUUAAUAGGUAAAAACGCCUCUGUCUUUUAAGUGAUAGGAACUUAUGUACUCGAGUUAUUACGACCUAUGUAUGUAGCUUGACUUUCAUCUCGACUUUUUCGGUGCAAUACGACUAUUUUGUCUUUUAUUCACAAUUCCUUUAUUUGUUAUUGGUGUGUUAUUCUACAGUUUUUUUUUAAAUCACAAAGAAAACAAUAACUUUUCUUUUAAUUUUGGUAAUUAUUAUGGUUUAGAAGUACAAGUAACUAGAUUAGAUUGGUAUUGGCAGUUACAUGUAAAGGUAGAUUAGGUAUGUAUUAGGUAACAAAAAAAUAACGGUAAAUGAGAGGAAUCAAGUCAGCAGAAUGGUUGCAUUACACACAUUUCAUAAAAUACCUGUACGUACGACUUGAUAAUUACUACGUUGGUGCCAUUAGUUAUGUGAAACAUGACACAUUUGUGCAUGUAUUAUUAUAAAUUAGGAAGUAAUCGAUAUAGCAUAAUAUCACAUAAGGUCUAUCCGAUGCAGUGAUGACUAAAAUGACACAUGUAAACCCGAUCCGAUAUAUUUCAAAAACAAGUCAGAGAUGUAUCAUCUCAUCAUCAGCUCGGACGGUACUUGAAAAAAACUUUGCUUAUCUCUUUCGUUAAUUAUAUCAAUUAGUUAAUUACAUUAUUGCCUUCAUUAAAUGGUACAAGAUUUAGGCGUGAGCAAAAAAAAACAUUGGUAAUGUAUAUAAAUAGUAUUUGUAUAUAUUUAGAUAUUUAAAUUAUCGCCAUACGUCUAAUCUAUCUCUACUACUAAUUAGAUAUAUAUACUUUAGUUUUUAAUUUUAAUAAACAUUAUUAUAACCCAUUAUUCGGGUCAGUCGGAGGAUAAAGGUCGUCCAUCACCCUGCACUCUUCCAAGACUGAUUAUCGGUGAAAUGUUGACUUUGUAAGAUUAAAUUGUAAAAAAACAUAACAUUUACAUACUACCUACCUACCUGUUUAGUAUAUGUAUUAGAAAAGGAGGAAACAAAUGCAUGCCGUCUCUUAUUACAGAAUUAUUCUACUAUUUGUUGCUUUGUUAAAGAGGUCAGUCUCUUCUGCUAUGUUUUCUACAUUUUUUGUCUCAUUUUUUGUGCUAGUAAUAAUCAUAAUGAUUCUGUAAAAUGUUAAAAAUAUGGCUUUGAUACAUCACAUACAUCACUCUGCUUCUAUGCUAAUUCGCAUUGGUUUUAUUAGGUUUAUUUAUUGAUUGGCCUAUUCUUUAGUUUAUAGUGUUGUUGUGAUAAGCAUUGUUGUUUAUUAUCAUAAUCUAUGCAUUUAUUUCGUAUAGUUUAAAGAACAUUGCGCAACCACCGCUUUAUCAUUUUGUGACCUUCCAGCUUUAAUUGGUCUUUUACAAUAGUCGCAGCAAUAUCAUCACUUACGUAAUUAAGGGACAAACUAAUACCGGGAUUGUCGAGUCUGUAUACCGUUGAGGAAUUUAUAUAAAAAAUCAAUGAUCUCCGUAAAAGCUCGACGCGUCCUCCCCUCCGUAGAAAAGUUAGUUAUCAGGUUAGUUCUCACGUAUGUAUGUAUGAAUCUGUAUUGUUAGUAGUUUGUAUUUACCGUGUGCAUAUAACCUAAAUAAUUUGCUAAAAAAAUUAGUAUGUAUCAAGUAUGUAAGAUAUCAACGAUUUAUACCGGAACUCUACCGUAUAAAAAUAACCGCAGUGUAUUCUAGUAGUAGUAAAUGACGAGUGAUGAUUUCAAGUUUCUGGUUGAUAUGCAUGUCUUAAAUAACAACGUAUCAUCACAAGUAAAACUAAAAAAAAACUCACUCUAAUUAUAAUCAUUUUUCAUGUUUUUUUCCUCGCUCUAUAUAAAAUAUGCGUGUACUCGUGCUAAUUUUGUCUGUGUUUAGAAUACAUGCAAAAAAAUUGGUUGUGCCAAUAAUAAGUAAAUAUCUAGUUAGAUUUAUAGUUAAGCAUUGGAUUUCUCUCUCUUUAACAAAAAAAUCCAUCCAACUCAGGUUUAUAAAAGUUGCAAGAGAGAAAAGAAAAAAACUCAACAAUCAACCAAAAAAUUUGUAAAGGAAUGUCGGAUUAUGGAAUUGAAUCAAGAAUUGUACCUUCGUUUUUUUAAUGCAGCAUUAUUAUCAUUCGUGUUACGUAUGCAUAAUAAUUAAUUGAUAGAAAGCUGUUAAUUGUGAUCGGAUCGUGAAAAGCGACAUUUUUAUGCAUUUUUUUCUUUUUUUUUUGUCAAAAAUAUUUAUAACGGAAUGAUGAUCACAUGAAAUACUUAAUUACGGUUUAAUAAUUAUUGGUAUCUAUCUAUAUCUACUCUACGUAUGUACGUACUACUGCUGCCAGCCAAUUAAAUAAUAUACAUACAUAAUACAUACCUAAAACUACCUUAAAAAGUAAUACCUACCAAAAAAACAACCACAAAUGAAUGAAAAUUGCUUAAAAAAGAAGGAAUCAGGUUUCGUAAUAAUGAUUAAUAUAGAAUUUUAUUAUUGUACACUGAUGGAUUGGUCUUGUAUGUAAAAAAGUAAGAACGUAAAUAAGUAACUGAAUACGAGUAUGAAUUGAUUGGACUGAUUAGUUGGUAGAUCUCCUUAUGAGAAGAAUCCCUGACGUUGACAAAUUAAAUGAUAGUAUCUGGAUCUAAUAUUCGUUGAGAAUCAAUAAUUGCUCUAAAUUAUAGUUAAAAAAUCGAGAGUAUUUAAUUUAAAUUGUGUCAUCUUUUCGUGUAAUUAAAUAAUUAUACUCGUUACAGAAAAUGAAAUAUGUAGAUUAAUUGAAAUCUGAGAACCGUAUUUACUCUCUUUAUUCCUCUACGUGGAACUCUAUAUACUAUUUAAACUUUUCCGUUUUUUUCUUUCUUUUUGAUAGAUUUGUAAUCAUUCUUUCUAACCACUUGUAAUAAAUGAUAUGUUACAAUUUUACAUUAAUUUAUUACUCUUAAAAUUAUUAUGAAGUAGGUAACUUUCUCAAAUCGAAAAGAAUUUGUUAACCGAAAAAGAAAACAAUUAUCAUGAUUCUUAUCCGAAAUUUGAAACGUGAAUAAAACAAACGUUAUUGAUUAUUAUAUGAA